AUGAAGGUCUUCAAUAUUUUCCGGGAUGUCUGCCCAGGUUGGGCUCUUGAGUUGAUGUUCGGAGAGAUCAAAGGCUUCAAGCCUUCACAAAACUACAGUAAAGAAGAGAUGCGCAAUCGCGUUUUCCAGUAUGGUAAGGGCCUUCAGUGUCCCGCCUCCACAUUUGCCAACAUCAUUACCCGAGAGCAUCUGCUUCGAGAAUCCGUGCAAGAAGAGGAAUUUCUUAUCACGAUGCGUGAGCUAUUUCUUGAGAUAAUCCACGAUUUCGGAAGGGAAAAACCUGACCUCCGGAAUACUGCCUGUGAGCUUGUAAGGCUUUUCAAGAGAAAUGUUGAAGAUAUUGAGCGAGAAAUCGAAAAGGCAAAAGCAGCAAUAUACCAGAGGGAGUGGCAGCUCUAUCAUGCUGAGAUGCGUCUCCCUCGACAGCCUUUGAAGGAUAUGUACGAGGAAAUACGAGAGGAUCCAGCUUGGUAUCUUCAGAAGGAUCUCAUCGCUCAAUGUAUGAGAAAUGGCGGAUGCUGCAGCCGAGGCUGCAAUUGCUGUGAGAAUCGUCUUUGGAACAGUGAAAGAAGCAAGGGAGUCGGGCAUUGCACAGGCCGGUGCCAAUGUUGUAGGGAAUCCCAGGGUAGAUGUGGUUCAUUCAAGCAUCAAGAAAAGCCUGGAAAAGAUGGUGGAGGAGAUGAUAAAGAAAAUGGAUAUCGUGACCGAUAUAAUGAGCGUGAUAUUUUGAUACAGGCUCUUGAGUGCCCCGAUCCAGCGUGUCUCCUGAAGAUGAUAGAAAUUCACUUUUCAAAGUUGAGACGCCCUCUUAUUACGGCAAGAGUCAAAGGGAGGUUGAACCCAUUCAAAAGAUUGUUUAAAUUCGGCCACUCGAAGCUGCCUAGGGUUUGGUGA